AUGUCAUUCAUAUCCCUCAUCACUAUCUUAUGCGUCGGUAGCGAUAGGCCCGUCGUUCGUUCUACUCAUCCCGCACUCAUCAUUACGAUACCCAGUGUCGUUGUACAACAUGAACUCCAUGAUACUCGCAGAUACUCAUAUAGAGCCUUUGCUAGUACUCGCCUGCAUCGUCAAUGUUAUCACGACCAUAGCAACGCAAAGCGCUGCGCGCACUCGUUAUACCGCGGUCUGUGGAUCCGACUGUUGUUCUGCUCGCUUUUGGAAGAUGACGACGCGUCUUCUAUGAGGAAACAUAAACCAUCAAAUGAGGCAACCCCGCGCCUGUUUCCCCUCUCCUCGAGGCCACCAUCGAUCUUCAGCCACAAAUCCAUGAUUGUGCGCCCCCGAGCUCCUAGGGACCUUGGAGCCCACGGCGGCCUCCUCGCCUCGUUUUGAUCCUCGCUGUCCUGCGAUAACAUAGGCCCUGUCCUUACUUGGGCGCGCGGCGGAAGAGCGCCGCAUUCACUCGACAUGAACGGCUAUAUCGUGCGCAAUCAGCGUGCUGGACUCACGAGUGACGAGCAUGGCACUCAGCGGGCGGGCCGUUGAAUGGAGGAAGCGUA